CCAAACCUUCCCCGCAGUGCUCAGCGGAGCCCCGGCACCUCUGGGGCCACGGCGGGGGUGGGAUUAAAUUUGGCGUGGGGGAAGUCCCCAGAGGUGCUCCCCACUCUGCUCUCCCCACCCGCUGGUAUCCGCGGGUUCAUGGGGAAUAUUUUCCGAGGGGGUAUCUCCUAAUUUGUCCGUGGAUGUGGAAGCUGCUUCCCACUCUGGAGUGCUCCUCACCCUCUUUUUCCCCCAGUACCCUCACCCACCGGCAUCCCUGGAACCUAUAGGAGGUUCCCUUAGUGGGGGUGGGUCCCCAAAAUUUGGGGAGGGUGGUCCUGUAAUUUGUCCAUGAGUGUGGGGGGCUUCUCCUCAUCCUCUUUUCCCCACAGGACUCCCUCCAUUCUCAUCAUGCUGCUCCAGAGCUCCUGGGCUGCGCUGCUCCUCUGUGCCAGUGCCACGUUUUUGGGGUGGCUGGGCCUUGCUGCACCCUCAGAGAAGGUGGGGACCCCCCAGAGCUGGGAUUCCCCCCACAAAUCUCCCUCAAGACAGCCACGGGUGACAGCCAGUUCUGGGAUGAAGCCACAUCCGGGGAGAUAUCACAUCUGGACUUCUGUCACUGUCCGGUGGCUGUGGGACUCUCCCCAGCUGGGAAAUUUGGAUUCUGGGAUCUCCCGUCCUGGGCAGCCUCUUUGCUUGGUGUAGGAAUGGUUUUUGGGGGUGAAGGCCAAAUUCUGAGGAGGAGCUCUGGGAGACCUGGAUGAGGUCAGCACUGGAUGAGCACCCCGUGGUACAGCUUGUGCAGGACAUCACCCACCAGAUGGGGAACCUGAGCAGCCGUGGAGCUGCAGAUCUCCGAGGAGGACACCAGAUUGUCCCACUCAACCUCCAUUGGGAGCAGGAAAGAACUCAGGAUGUUCAUCCCCACCCAGAGAGCAUCCUGCUCCUUCAGGGGGUGAUGGAGAAGCUGCAGAGGGUCAACCAGAGCCUGGAGCUGAUGCUGAUGGCUUUGGAAGAUGCACAAAGCCGACUGGAAAAGCACCUGGAGCACCUCAAAGCCAUCCCAGACCUGGAUGGUCAGAACCAAAGUGCCACCUCCUCCAGCGUCCCACACAGCUUAUACUUCAUGCUCCUGGUUCUCCUACUGGUGCCAGCAUCAUUCCGGGCCAUCCUUCUCCUCCUCUUCCUUGCUUCCAGCAUCCUCGGCAUCCCAGCAAUCUCCACUCUCCUGGUCCUUGCUGUGGCAGGGCAUUGGCUGGUGGCAUCCACCUGCUGUGGUGCCAGAAGGAUCCGGCCAGUGGUUCCCCGGGAAGAGCCCCGGUACCGGCUCACCUCCACUCCAGAGAGGGAAUCCAACAUGGACCUGCUGCAAGAGGAGCUGGACAAGAUGGAGAUGAGCUGCCUGCAAGAGCCCUCAUACCUGGAGCAGCCCCAGGAGGUGGCCAGGAACAUUCCUGGGCAUGUGUCACCCGACCCCAGUGGCCAGAAGACAACACUGAGCUCGUGUGGGGUGACACCAGAGCCAGUUAUGGAUGCUGGGAAGCUGUGGGAACCCAAACCCUGCAGCCCAAGGGCCAACAUGUCCCUGUGCCAGAGUCUCACCAGAGCUGGGCAGCGGUGCCGGAAGAAAGCCAUUCCCGGGCAGGAAUUCUGCCACAUCCACACCACCAGCAGUAGUUUGGCCAUGGAUUAAUUCCCCCAUUUUUGACCCUCUACCCUCUUCCUGAGGGGUUUUAACCCUUUUCAUGGUUA